UGGACUAUCAGGAUUCAUUGUACAGCUUGACUAUGGAGAAUGGAUCAGUGGUGACAUCAUUCAUAUUGAUGGCAUACACUGAACUGGAAGACCAUAGAUAUGUAUACUUCACAGGUUUCCUGUUAUUGUUCAUCCUUAUGGUAUUAAUAAAUAUAAUUCUUAUAAUAGUCAUUUACAUUGAAGCAGGUCUCCAUGAACCCAUGUAUUUUCUUCUGUGUAGCUUAGCACUGAAUGGAAUUUAUGCCACUAUAUCUUUAUUACCCUCAGUACUUGUUAAUUUAAUGUCUCAUACUUAUGAAAUAUCUCUGACUGCUUGUCUUUUACAGAUCUUUUGUAUACACACAUGUGUUUCAGUUGAAUUUACUAUUUUAGCCGUGAUGGGCUAUGACCGGUACGUCGCCAUUUGUCAUCCACUACACUAUCACCAAUUAAUGUCUCAUAGAAAAGUGUGCACCCUUAUGGCAUUAUCCUGGAUUUAUCCAUGUACUAUUUUUGGACUCUAUUUCAUAUUAACUGUACAGCGGACGUUUUGUGGCAGGAUCAUAGAAAAAGCAUAUUGUGUCAAUUUUGAAUUAGUUAAACUGUCUUGUUUUGAAACUUCUAUUCAGAGCAAAGUUGGAUUUGCUGUAACUAUUUUUGUAAUUGUGCCACAGCUGCUCAUGAUACUAUUUUCCUAUGCACAAAUACUCAGAAUCUGCCUGCUUGCUUCUAAGGAAUCUCAGGCCAAAGCUAUUCAAACAUGCACCCCACACAUACUGGCUGUGAUUAACAAUGCAGUGGGUAUACUUUUUGAAAUCAUGCAGACUCGUUUCAACGUGAGUGUUAUACCUAAUAAAGCUCUCUUAUUCAUGUCCCUUUACUUCAUUAUAAUUCCCCCAUUGUUUAAUCCUGUAAUUUAUGGAAUUAGCAUUCAAGCAAUCAGGGUUCAGAUUUUCAAACGGUUUACUGGUAAGAAAAAUAAGUUAAUAAUGUAAUAUAUCUGCCAAGAUAAUUCAAGCUUAUAUUAUAUUAGCAUUUAUCAGAUACGCUCAUGCAGAGU